ACAGGUUUUCCGAAUUCUUUUCAUCGAUCGAUCUUUUUUCGGAUCACAAAUCUUCAGAAUUAAACUUUGAUCUAGAGAUUGGUAAUAUCUAUUUCACCCCCGACUGCUACUUCGACAAAAAAGAAUUCGACUUUCGAGGGUUUUUCAUCAUCGGUAAUUCUAGCGGAUACAUUUUAAAAAAAAAACAUGUAUUUUCCGCUGAAUGAAACCACCAACCGAAUUCAAAAACCAACUCGCUCCCUUGAGGUUAUCUCGGACACAAUAUCUUUGAAAAUAUCUUUAACAUGUAUCUACAAAUAACCGUCACCGCGCUCCGAAGUUGGCUGUUGGUAUCCUUCUACUCCUGCUCGUCCUGCUGCGAUGUUUUGAAAUUCGUUACCAACGCCAGCUUCGGAGGAGCUUUCGAUCGAGCGCAAUUUACGAGAAACGCGACUCUAGUCUUCGUUCUCAUUCAAUUUUUUAUUUUCGACAAUGUGUUCGCUCGGUCCACGGUCUCGUAGUUGAACAAGUGCAUGAGAACAAAAGGCAUAGUAUAAUACCGGAGAGAGCAGUAAGAUCUUCAGUUCCUAGCUGCUCCGGACGUCUUUCUUGUAAAAAGUCGCAUGUAAUUCAUACACAAAAAUAAUCAGGUCUUGGGAUUAUUUUUGGAUUUUUGGUCCAAUCGUACGUUACAAGGUAAAAAAAAACCACACAACAAUCCCAGUUAUACCAAGUCCAUCUGUCAUUUCCAAUCAAGGACAUCAGGCAUAUUUAUUGAUACAAAGUAUGAAGCGUACUCGACCCCAGUGUCGGAUGAAGAAUGCAAGCUCUACAGCUCCUGAAAGAUAUUUUUCAACGAAAAAUGAUACCUUGGAGCCAUCCAAAAUCGACGCUACAGGAAUCAAGAGUGACAAAUUGACAUUCGAAAAUUUGAAACUCAAUCAGACAGCUAUUGAUAAAAGUGGUGGUGCGUCGACUGUAGCAAAGAAAAAAAAGUUGAGAGGUACCGUAAAUUUGGAAAUGAUGAAGGAAGAACUAAAACAACUUGAAGAUCCACCGGUUACCCAGGAAGAAAAAGCGACGAGCUCGAAAAAACUUUCAUAUUCUUUUUUCAACAUCCCAUGCAUGGAUCUGGCUAAGAAAUUAUUAGGAAAAAUUCUGGUUCGCCGUCUGGAAAAUGGGAUUAUCCUGAAAGGACGAAUCGUUGAGACGGAAGCUUAUCUGGGUGAAAUCGAUAAGGCCUCGCAAACUUAUGAAGGAAAAAUAACACCGAGAAAUUUACCCAUGUACAUGUUACCCGGAACUAUUUAUGUUUAUCUUACUUACGGGAUGUACCACUGCUUCAACAUAUCCAGCGGAGAACCCGAUUCGUACGUACUGGUCAGAGCUCUUCAAAUCUUGGGUGAUACGGAAUACGUCGAACUGUUGAGAAACUCCGAAUCGAAAAUUGGGAAAAGUGUGAAAGUAAUGAACGACGAUAUAAAAACGAUUGAGCCCAGAGAGCUUUGUGACCAACCUUGGAAAAUUUGUACAGCAUUCGCUCUCGAUGUUGACGAUAUGAAUUCAAAAAAAUUAUGGAAUUCUAAAUUCAUAUGGCUGGAACAAGAUGAUGAAUCUUCGAAAACCUUUCUCAUGGUCGAGGCACCGCUUGUCAAAAAUUUCGGUGAAAAUAAUUCAAGUCCCCGAAAACUUCGGCGCUAUUACGUGCUCGGUAACCCUUGCGUUGGAAACCGUAACAUCGAAUUCGAGAGCCAAGCAUACCUUUUUUAGAAAGGGGUGCGCGGUGCUAUUACGAGCUCUUGAGCCACUCGUCGGUGUCGAAGAAAUGACAAAUCGUCGGACAACACGAUUAAAGUCACGUCAAGGAGAAGCCAAAAAAUUGGCGAAACACGAGAUAUGUAACGGUCCA